AGACGUUUAGUAUGUGGCUGAAAUUAAAUGCGAGGUGAAUCUCGUCAGUGAAAAAUGUUCGCGUGAAUAGUUCAAUGUGUGCAUCAUGUACCUACUUUUCGUAUGUAGAUAUGUAUUGGACAUUUAUUUGAAAACUAUGCUCAUCAGUAAAACGUUGACGGUUCUAGAGUAAAAUUAUACCUCUUAAUUUAGAUACAGCCAAUCAAAACAAUCAUUGUUUGUAUUUAUACUCGUGUACUGUAGGUAAGUUCCUACUUAAUGUGGAAUUUUUCAAAACCAAAAAAUCACCAUGUCGAAUGAUACAUUAAAUUGUGGAUUCAUGGAAUAUUACGAUUACAAUAUAAGUGGCUACGUAAACAUUGCAAUAUGUUCGACUGGAGCGAUUCUCAAUCUAUUCAACAUACUCGUAUUUACCAAGAAAAAUAUGAUUUCAUCGGCCAAUUUGAUAUUCACACAUUUAGCCGUCGUUGAUUUUUUGAUUUUGUUAGUUUGCAUUCCGUAUUCAUGGAUAAACUUUUUUCAAUACACCCACGAAGAUUAUGAAAACAUGACAUACACUCGAGCACUAUUUUAUUCAUUUUGUGUAAACAUUGGACACACUUUAAGCUACACGUCAGUAUUCCUUACGCUGAUGUUAGCCAUAUGGAGAUACACUGCAAUAGUACAUCCAUUCAAAGAACGUUAUUGGUGCAAUAUGAAGAUGACACGAAAUAUAAUCAUGGCCAGUUACAUUGGUAGUAUUUUGCUCAGUACACCGGCAUAUCUUUCUCGCGAUAUCGUGAUAUCUUACAGCGAUGCUGAAUUACCUUAUUAUGACACAGUUUCCAAACAAAACUCGAAUCUGGUUUUCAUAUCGUUUCUGAUCAAAGCAGUGUUGCAACAGUUAUUGCCAUCAAUUGCCCUGCCAAUAUUUAGUUUCAGAAUGAUCGCUGCGUUAAUAACAAAAGCACCAAAACAACUGAUUUCGUCUUCAAACGCCCAAAACAACUCCAGAAACCUCAAAAGGAAACAACAAACUGAUCGAUCAAUAACCAUAACGUUGAUAGUUAUGGCGUUAUUUUUGUUCGUGCAAAUUCCUCCAGGAAUAUACAAUUUAAUUGUGAGCAUACCAGGCCUUUAUGAGAUGUUGGAUUAUGAUCGAUUUGAGUGUUUUCACACGUAUAUCUUGGUACUGUUAAACGUAACCUUAAAUUAUAUCAGUAUGUCGGUCACAUUUGUAGUAUACUAUACCAUGAGUCAAAAUUUUAGAGCCACUUUUCAAUCUCUAAUCUGCAGUCGACGUAUUUUCUCUCAAACAAUAGUAUUUUCUUCAGACACGAGAAGAACUAAUAUAAGCACAGAAGUAGAUCAAGUUCAAUGAAUGCAAUAAUUAUUGCAAUGAAGCUAGUAUAAGUAUAGAACCAAAAAUCGAUCUCACAAAGUACGCAAAACAUGGAGAAAAAAAUACCAUAAAUUUCAUUAGCUUAGGUAUAUCACACAUUCUCCCUUGUAAAAAAAGCUCAUGCUGGAAUUAGCACAAGAUAAUGGAAAUCAUUUCGAUCUAUAAAAAUUUACAAUUCCAACGUCACACUAAUAUCUAUUUCUUCAUUAAAAUAAUAUGGUAGGUACAUUAUUUUUUGGAAUUUAUACCAAAAUUUUCAUUCGAUGAUAAAAUCAACUCAAACGAGAGCACAAAUCCUGUUUUUAUUGGAAUUUUGAAUAAAAGCUCGUAUUUCAAAUUUUUCUUCUAUCCCUUCCCAUAUUUUGUAGCGACAAAACAGCGUUCUAAAGUCGUUUAACCCUCCUCAUUCUCUUCCACUCCCACCUCAGAAAUUUGUACAUUAUUCUGCUCAAUUUUUCGAAGCUUGUGUUUCCAUGAAAUAACACAGACUCUGAUGUAUUCACAAGUGCGUUGGGGGAAAAUUUCGGAGGAUUUUGAAAAAAUUGGUGGAGACAAUCAUUUUUAAUUGAACGUCAUCGAAAAAAAUUGUAGCGCAGAAGUUGCCCUUAGAUGAGAUAUAGAUAAUUAUGUAUAUGGGUCCUAAGAGAGGAAGAAUUUUUGAAAAAUGCUGGUCUCUUCGCUAAGGCCCCUUACCCAACCAGUUUUGGAGAAAAUAACCCAGUGAUAUAUCUAAGAUAAUAUUUGAGAUUUUGCGUUGAACUAUAACUAAGCCGUUGCCACAAAAAUUCAAGACAGCUUUUAAAUUUAUAAGGAAAAUUUUUCAUCAUAUCCAAGUUAAAACAUCAAAACAUUUUAUUUAUGAAACUGCCGGGGAAACAUUUUGCAACGCUGUGGUUCCGAUUUCAAAAAUCGAGAAAAAUAGCCAAAAACUUACCUAAUUUUUUUGCAUUUUUGAAAAUGAAAAAAAAAAAGGUUAAAAAAUUGAAGCCACCGCGUUCCAAAAUAUUUCCUCAUGUUUCAGAAAUAAUUACCAACCUACUGACCUAAAGCCAACACGCUUCAUGGGACAUUUUUUUCCAAGUCGCAUAAUUGACCAAUUUUUUUACAUUUUUCGGUCGUUUAAUUGAUAAAAAGAAGGCAAUGCUAAUGCUGGAAGAAAUACGAAUAGUGCGCAAAAAAUACAAAAAGUAAAUUUUCCAAAGAAGUGCAUUCAAAUUUGCGAUCUCUCUGGGUAAGGACAGAGGUACCUUAAAUGCGAAAUGAAAAUUUGAAAAAUUUAAAUGAUUCGUAUUUGAAUAUAAAAAAUUGUACAGUGGUCUCUUUUUGAUGCCAGUUUCAUACAAGUUGGUUCGUUACUUUUCUAAUAAUACGCUGUCAAAGUGAACUUCACUUUGUUCAUUUGUUUGUUGAUUGUGUUUUCAUUUUGAAUAAUUUUAAAAUUAAACAAUCGUGAUGGAAUUAUUGUUUUAUUCGUUGGAUUUUUCAAGUCCCCCUUUUACUUCUAUAAAGUUGAAUGUUACAUGCAAUAGGGAAAAAACCGAAUUACGUAUGCCGGAUGAUUCUAAUCGGAGAACGAUUGUGAUUUCAUAAAACGAGCGGAAAUUUGGUGCACAUGAUGGAAAAAACUCCCAUCCGGUCAGCAUCGGUCACUUUUUAAUAAAAACACAAUAUUUCUCCGAUUUUUGAUAAAUAUAUCUACCUAAUCAGGAGAAAAAGCGAUAUCAAUAUACAUGUACGAUCACUGGAAUGAGUAUUCUUAAUGCAACAAAACCACACCAGAACGUUGCUGAGGUCGAUCGCGAUGUGAAAUUCGUCUCUGCAAAAAGUUCGCGUUAAUAGUGUUUAUUGUACACAUGCACUAUCCGUAGAAGUUGUUUAAAAAAUUGAGCCCAUAAGCGAAAAGUCGCGAGUUUAAAAGUAGGUAUGUAGAAUCAUUUUUAAUUUAAACAAAACCGAUCAAAUCAAUACGCGGAUUCUACUUAAAACUAACACUUACUGCUGAUUUUUUUUGAAAUAUCGAUAUGGCACCUGGUACAUCAUUUUGCGAAUUCAUCGAAUAUUACUAUUAUCAUAUAGAAGGCUACGCAGACAUUUCCAUAUGCUCCGUUGGAGUGAUUUUGAACGUAUUCAACAUCGUGGUAUUUACAAGGAAAAAUAUGGUUUCAUCAGCGAAUUUGAUAUUCACCCAUUUGGCCGUUGCAGAUUUAUUGUUUUUACUAACAAGCAUUCUGUAUUCAUGGAUAUUCUUCUUUCAAUACAUGCAAAAAGAUUAUCAAAAAUGGACUUACACACUUGCAGUGAUUUAUGUAGGUUCGUCGUUUUUGAAGAAUUCUCUUCGCUUCAUGUGCGUAUUUUUCACAGUGAUGUUGGCUAUUUGGAAGUACAUCGCUGUAGCACACCCAUUGAAAGCACGUUAUUGGUGUACAAUGAAAAUUACACGCUAUGCAGUCAUUACUUGUUACAUUACGAGUGCUUUACUCAGCAUACCAAUGUAUUUUUCCGCCAAUAUUGUACCAAAGUACAGUACCACUGAAAAAUUAUCUUAUUACAGCCCAAGUCACAAAAAGAAUUCUAUUAUGCGUGAUAUUGCAUUUUUUAUCAAAGCAGUGCUACAACAAUUAUUGCCAUCGGUUGUGCUGCUAAUAUUCACGUUUAGAAUGAUUUCUGCGCUAUUAACCAAAGGAUCAAAUAAUGAACCAGAAACUUCAUGUUCAAACAUCAGAAAUAACGCUAGAAAUGCAAGAAUGAAACAACAAACCGAUCGAUCAAUAAUCAUAACCUUGACAGUUGUGGUAUUAUUUUUGAUCACACAAAUCCCUCUUGGAGCGAUAAAUCUAACCGAAAUAUUGUUACCAGACAUUUACCGUAAGUUAGAUGAUCUAUUAGGUUUAUGUUACAGCAGCUAUGUAAAUGUAAUAUCAUCGAGUACCUUCUAUUACAUCAAUACGUCCGUGUCAUUUUUCGUAUAUUACGCCAUGAGUCAAAAUUUUAGAACCACAUUUCAGUCUCUGUUCAGCAGUGGUAGGAUUAUUCCUCAAAAAAUGAACGUUUUUCGUUUGAUUAGUGCGAGAAAAACUCAUACAAGCCCAGAAGAAGACCAAGCUUAAUAAAAACAUUUCUGUAGGAAGCUAACGGGAGUCGGUGAUCCCAAUAUCGAUCAAACCACUUACCUAUACAUUUGUCGAAAAAAAAGAUCACACUCUUGAUCAGAUCACAUUCCAUUUUCUCCCAAUGAAAAGCUCAUUCCGGUUGUCUCAUUAGAUAAUGAUUAUCAUUUUCAACCUUAUCUAAGUAAUACCGACAAUCCCAACGUCAAACUAACACUUCGUCAUACAAAAUACUUAUUCGCAUCAUUGGGUGAUAAAAUUAUCGUAGUCGAGCGCACACGUAUCAUUUUAUUGGAUUUUAAAAUGAAGUUUGUUAUCUACAGGGUAUGAUAGUUAAACCGUUUUACAUAUGUUUUUUUUACUAUUUUUUUUCAACAAAUUUCUUGUCCGCUGAUUGUAGCAACAUUGUAUAAUUUUGGAGCUCAUCAUUAAAUGUAGGUAGUACCUAACCCCCCUCCUCCUCUCCAUAGAACUGUUAAAUCAUUCCGUCCCAACGUUAGUGGAUUUUCAAAUGUUCGUUAAAAAAUCAUAAAAUAAGUUUUGACAUCUGAAAUUUUUAUCAUGGAGAUUUUUUACACUAUCUCUUUCCAAAAAUUGCGGUGUUGAUAAAAUCGAAGGCGAUACUUCGAGUGGUUCCCUCGUUGGGCUGAAGGUCCCACUAAAUUUGGUGAAAACCCAUCGACGUUUUUUUUUUUUUUUUGCGAUCAAUCCCAGUAAGUACUUACCUACCUAAGUAAUAUGUAUGUGAAUUGUACCUAUCAAUAAGUAAGUAAGUAAGUAAGUAAGUAAGUAAGUAAGUAAGUGAAGUAAAAAAGUAAAUGUAUCAACAAUAGUAGAUAUAAAUAAAUAUUUAAGUUUGGCCUUAAUGAAUUUUUUGCAAUAUAAAAUCUAAGUUACACCUACCUAAGUACUCAAAUAACUACUGUAAAUUAGAUUAAGUGGGAAUUGUUCACGUAUGCAUUAAGUAUUCAAAAACUAAGUACCUAUGUACCUACAUCAUAAUUAAAAAACGCGAU